UUUGCUCUUUCCCCUUUCAGCGCUAGUGUGCCGGUGAGCGCUGUUCGGUGUGUGCUAAGCUAACGCGCCGCAGAGAGACAGACAGAAAAAUUGAAUAAUAAUCGGUGUGGGUGGGUGAUCUACCCAAGAUGUCCUUCCCUCCUCAUCUCAACCGGCCACAGAUUGGCAUCCCUACCAUGCCCCCAGGGAUCCCUCCUCCACAGUUUGCUGGAUUUCCACCUUCGAUGCCCCCAGGGACCCCAAUGAUACCAGUUCACAUGGGUAUUAUGACUCCUACCCCAACGGUGCUUGUGCCCGCCUCAGUGCCAGUUGUCAGUAAGGUAGCUGUCCCGAGGAAAGAGGCUCCAGCUGCCAGUGCCAAGGAAAGUGAUGAGAACAGUGGGCCCACAACAACAGUGUUUGUUGGGAACAUCUCGGAGAAAGCCUCAGACAUGCUGAUCAGACAGUUGCUCUCAAAAUGUGGCUUAGUUUUGAGUUGGAAACGAGUGCAAGGAGCUUCAGGAAAACUACAAGCAUUUGGUUUCUGUGAGUAUAAGGAGCCAGAGUCAACUCUGAGGGCGCUGAGGCUUCUCCAUGAGCUGCAGGUGGGAGAGAAGAAACUGCUGGUGAAGGUGGAUGCCAAAACCAAGGCCCAGUUGGAUGAGUGGAAGGCCAAAAAGAGGAGUUCCAAUGGGAAUGACAAGGCUGAAGAGGGAGGUGAGGAAGAGGAGGAGGUUUUGGAUGAAGAAACACAGAAACGGGACCAAAUUGUGAAAGGAGCCAUCGAUGGCCUUAUCCGUGAGUAUUCCAACGAGCUCAACGCCCCGUCUCAGGACGAUGACUCCAGCCGCCGCAAGAAGAAGAAAGAGAAAAAAGAAGAGGAGGACAUCAAUGCCAUAGAAAUGGAAGAGGACAAAAGAGAUUUGAUCUCCAGGGAGAUCAACAAAUUCCGUGACACUCACAAGAAACUGGAGGAGGAGAAAGGCAAGCGAGAGAAGGAGCGGCAGGAACUGGAGCGGGAGCGAAGGGAGAGGGAUAAAGAGCGUGAGAGGGAGCGAGAGAGGAGAGACCGUGAGAGGGAGAGGGAGAGGGAGAGGGAACGCGAGAGAGAAAGAGAAAGGGACAGGGAGCGAGACCGGGAGCGUGAGCGAACGAAGGAGCGAGAGAGAGAAAGAGACUGGGACAGAAGCAGAGACCACAGUGAGGACCGCAGCAGGUCUAGAGAACAAAGCCGUGAUCGAGACAGAGACAAGGAAAAGAAGCGGGACCGUGAAGAAGAUGAGGAAGAAGCUUAUGAGCGCCGUAAGCUGGAGAGGAAGCUCAGGGAGAAGGAAGCUGCCUAUCAGGAGCGACUGAAGAACUGGGAGCUGAGAGAGAGGAAGAAAGCGAGAGACUACGCUAAGGAAGCGGAGAGAGAGGAUGAGCGCCGGCGAGAGACGGCUAAAGAAGGCAAACGACUAAAAGAGUUCCUGGAGGACUAUGAUGAUGACCGAGAUGACCCAAAAUAUUACAAGGGCAGCGCACUGCAGAAGCGCCUGCGGGACAGAGAGAAGGAGAUGGAACUGGAUGAGAGAGACAGGAAGCGAGAAAAGGAAGAACUGGAGGAGAUCAGGCAGAGGCUGCUGGCUGAGGGGCAUCCUGAUCCAGACGCAGAGCUGCGCAGGAUGGAGGAGGAGGCUGAGCGUUUGCGACAGCCGCCUGUGAAGCCGGAGCCUGAGGAGGAACGAGAACACAAGCCGUCUCGGGAGGAAAGAGAACGCGGCCGUGAGCGGGAGCGGGAACGGGAGCGGGAGCGGCGCCGAACAGUAGAAACACAUGUUCAGUCCCGGUCAGACGACGAUGUGGAGGAUGGAGAGGAAGUGGAGGAUGAAGAAGACUCUAAACCGUGCCUCAAGCCCACCAUGAGGCCCAUCAUGGCUGCUCCCUCAGUGUCCUCGGCCAGCGGCAAUGCUACCCCCAACACACCCAGAGAAGAAUCGCCCUGCGGCAUCAUCAUCCCCCAUGAACACUCGCCUCCAGAGAGCCAGCCACAGGAAGAGCACCGGCCUAAGAUCGGCCUCAGCCUCAAACUAGGUGCCACGGGCAGCCCUAGCCAGCCGAAUGUAGGCAAACGCAAGAAGCUGGCAGUGGAAAGCGUUUUCAACCGCUUUGAUGAUGAUGAAGUGGAUGAGGUGCCUCGAAAGAGGAAGCUAGUGCCUUUGGAUUAUGAGGAUGAAGAGAAGGGCAGUCUUGGAGCAGACAGUGCUGGAGCAGGAGGAGGCAAAGGGGCCAACACAGAGGAGAAGCGCAAGCACAUUAAGAGUCUGAUCGAGAAAAUCCCCACUGCCAAGCCUGAGCUCUUCAACUACCCCCUUGACUGGUCUGUCGUGGACACGACUCUUAUGGAGAAGCGCAUCCGGCCAUGGAUCAAUAAGAAGAUUGUAGAGUAUAUUGGUGAGGAGGAAGCGACGCUAGUUGACUUUGUUUGCUCGAAGGUGAUGGCUCACAGUACGCCGCAAGGCAUCUUAGACGAUGUUGCUAUGGUGUUGGAUGAAGAAGCAGAGGUUUUCAUCGUGAAGAUGUGGAGGUUAUUGAUUUACGAAACUGAAGCCAAGAAGAUCGGACUUGGCAAAUGAACAAGCACUGAAUGAGGAUCAAAUCUGCUCUUGACUUCCCUAUUUCAUCAGAUCCAUUCAUGAAGAGAAAGAAACAGACAAUUUGGGGAAACUCAAUUUCAAAACGUUUAACCCAGCAAAAUACUUUUGACAGUUUUUUU